AUGUCUGUGAAAUCUCCAAUAAAGAUAAGGUUAGCCAGAUUUGGUAGGAAACAUCAACCUGUUUAUAAUAUAGUGGUUGCUAAUGUCAGACAAGCCCGUGAUAAAGUGCCCAUAGAAGUAGUAGGUACUUAUAACCCUGUUCCAAUUCCUUUGACACCAGAUGAAAAAGCCAAUAAUAUCAAACCUUACAAGCAUAUUGAGUUAGAUUUCGAUAGAGUCAAAUAUUGGUUGGGUGUGGGUGCAGAUGUAAGUGACAGAGUUGGAUUUUUAUUCAAAAGAGCCGGAUUAUUACCAGAACAAUGGCCAAAACCAAGUAAAUUAACUCAACAUAUCCAAAAACAAAUCAUCAAAGAUCAAGAAGAAGUUCUUGAAGAACAACAACAACAAUUUAGAAAGAGAGAUUAA